AUGAAACCAGUCUCCAAAAAGAAAAGAUAUUUAGAUGAGGAGAUUGAUGAGUGCAAAGGUGUUAAGAAGAAACCACCUCCUCCAAAAGUGAAAGAUCCAGGAAGUUUUACCAUUCCUUGCGUCAUAGGGAAGGAAGAGAUAAGGAAAGCUCUACUUGAUUUAGGGUCAAGUGUUAAUUUAAGGCCUUUAUCUUUACUUGAGCGAAUUGAGGAUCUUGAAGUCAAACCUGCAAAGAUGACUUUGCUAAUGGCGGAUGGAUCUUCAAAGAAGCCUUAUGGUGUAGCAGAAGAUGUUAUGGUUUGUGUAGGCAAACUACAAUUCUUGGUGGACUUUGUGGUGAUGGAAAUGGAGGAUGAAAGGAUUUCAAUUAUUCUUGAAAGACCGUUUAUGAAAACGGCCAAGGUCAUCAUUGAUGUAGAUGAAGGAAUGAUAGUGCUUCAAGACCAAGAGGAAAGGGUGGUCGUUUAUGUCUUCAAAGAGGAGCAUCAAAUGCAAAAGUAA